AUGCAGAACACAACUCAGCCGAACGCCAAUGUGCGAUCACGCUCAAGAGUUGCAUGCCAGUCCUGCAAUCGUCGUAAAGUCCGCUGUGACGUGAUACGGACCGGUAUACCAUGUUCCAACUGCAAGCAGGCUGGGCCCACGGCAAAUUGUGAAGUGCUUCCACGCAAGAAGCAUCGGCCUCGGAGACCGCGACGCAUUUUGGAUCCUGCAGAUUCGAACACUGACCGCUGCGCCGAACUGACUGCGCCCGGUCCAAGUCCUUCCGAUAGACACAGUCCUGUAGCACCGUCUGACUCUGUUGGUGCAUCAAUCACUGUUGUGAGAACUGUUGCUACUCCAGAUGAGGACGAGGAUGUUGAUGCUAUAUUGCCUGACGAUUCCUCGCUUUCAUAUAUCGGUGACAGGCGUGGUCCUCGCCUUGCCGUCUACGAUAUCUGCCACCCAAAUGAAGCACAGGACGCGCGACCAUAUAUUCCAAAAGACUCAAACAAAAAACCUAGACUGGCUUCCGAGAUUGGAUACAUGCGCGCCAAAGGUGUUUUUGAGGCGCUUUCAAAUGACGUCGCAGAUGAAGCCAUCCGCUGCUAUUUUGAACAUGUCCAUUUCUUCCUUCCUGUCGUAGAUGCUGCGACUUUCUUGAGCCAGUAUAAAAGCGACCGCAAUAACAUCAGUCCUCUUUUAUUUUGGUGCAUGAUUUUAGCUGCUGCAAAUUUCGUGAGUUCCGAUCUGUUACAAAAGGCGGGUUACUCGUCCCGACGUGCCCUGAAAACCUCAAUGUAUGAGCGGGCCAAGUGCCUCUAUGAUUUCGACCGAGGAACGGAUAAACUUGUCCUCAUCCAGUCUGUCAUCCUGAUGGGUUUUUGGUAUACCGAUCCACAAGACCAUACCGGGGCAUGGCAUUGGACUGGUAUUGCCAUUUCUCUGUGCCAAAAUCUUGGCCUUCAUCGAGAUCCUCAGUCGACCUUUCGUGGACCAGCCGUGUCGGAGUCCUUUACAAGACACGCAAGGCGCCUGUGGUGGACUUGCUUUGUCAGGGACCGAUGGGUAUCACUGGCAAAGGGCCGUCCGAUGCGUAUUCACCACGAGGACUGUGAUGUGCCGAUGCCUACUGCUGGCGAUAUUCUCUUGGACCUCCAACAGAUACCAAACGACUAUCGCGAGAAAUUCAUUCCCCGAGAAUGCGAACCCUUGGCAGCAAUGUGGGUUCGCUUCGUCCGAACAAGUCAUACCUUGGGGAAUAUCAUGCGCGCCCAUUAUCGCGUCAAAGGCCCUCGACCUAGCCUUGAAACAGUUGAUGACCUUGCAGAAGAGUUGGAAGGAUGUGCUCUGAAAGACGAGUUGCCGGAUGGUUGCAGCGACCUGCUUCGUAUGCAUGCUUAUCAAAUCGAGUUAUUCUACCAAGGCACAGUUACCGUACUCUAUCGACCAUACCUCCUCGGUGGGCAUGCGGCCAUUCCUGCUUCAGGUCCGCCUGUCUGGCACAAGACGGCUUUAAUGAAAGCAAGAGCAGCAGCGGCGAGUACCAACAAUAUAUUAGAGAAGCUAAUUGAACUCGAUGCUAUCCAAUUUCUAAAACAAAUGGUAAUCACGGCCUUAGUUCCCUCGAUGCAGAUCCACCUAUUCGACUUCAAGUCCUUGGAACCUCUUGUCAGCGGUCUCGCUGGUAAUCGCCUCCAACUCUGCAUGCUCGUGCUGUCAAAGCUGCGCGAGACCUACUGGAGCGCCGGGGUCAUGCACCGGCUCUUCGAACGCGCGCAGCGUAUACUCCAGGAAUCCAAGCGUGGCAAUAAUGUUGAGACCGCUUCAGAAUCCAGCCAGGCCUGUGACCAAGCAGACCACCACUCGGCCAACCAUGUGACGGUGGUAGAUUUCCAGAACGAAUUUGAGAGGCACAACGGAUACCCUACUAUUGUUGACCCUCCUGAGGGCUGGCCCUUUACGAACAGUACGACUGAGGCAUCAUUGCAGUUGUGGGACGAUCCUUUGAGCUUUGAUACUGUGGAAGAACUACUCGGACCUGGGUUCGGUCUCCCCGGGGAUGCCUUUGAGGGCUUGUUCACCAGCAGCUACGGCGGUGGCGUCCAAAACUUGAAUUCUGCGACACAGCUGCACGAUAAUCUUGCGCAAUUUGACGUGGGCUAUGUUGGACGUUGA